AUGCCAUUCAGCGACGAUUUUGGCCUCGACGAUGAUACCGAAUUCCUCGCCGCCGCUACACAGGUCGAGGCAUCCCAGCAUGGCGGCCUUUUCGAACCAUCCCCAAGGCCUACCAAGAAACGACGAGUGAGGAGGAGAGGGCCUGGUCAAUUAGAUGGGGCAGAUUCAGAACUUCUGGAAUGGUCUGAGAGCGACGAGGAGAACCGCAGUCCUCCCAAUCCGUCAACAUUCUUCCAAUCACCCGCACGGCAAGAGGCAACAGCAACCCAGAACGGCGACAAUAAUGUCGAUAUUGAUGAAGAAGGCUACUACCUGCCCGGUGAGCUCGGUAUCGAAGACAAUACUGUGAAGAAGCCAAAGUAUCGCAUCCAUGUUCCUGAGAAUGGGGGCAAAUUCCCCGACAUGAUCUUCACCCAAACUCAACAUGGACUAGACGAGAACCUGGCCAAGUUUCGAGGAGCUAUCUGGAAGAGGCCGCCUCUUCAACCCCAGCUCAAUGUCGGUGGUGUUGCAAAUCAGAAUGGCUACGGCAUGUCUGUGGAUCCUCGCGCUGCGAACGCAGUCAAUGGCAUUGGCAACUACUUCCAAGCUGUUGGUCACGCAGAUCCGAGUGUAGACGACGAUGCUGUGCUUGCGGCUCGACUGCAAGCAGAAGAGAACGCUCGCUCCAGGCAGAAAUCGAAUGGCACACGCUCGUACGACAUGACCCAGGAGCUCGCCGAUCUGCCUUCCGAUGCCUUCUCCUCGUCAUCCCCUGAGAAGUCACCUAACAAAGACAUCAUCGAGCUGUCGUCUCAGCCAACACAGUCACGCCGUCCAGCAGCACUUCGUGGCCCACAGAGUGGACUCAAGCAGAUGACCGUCUUUGGACAACCUGCGACACAAGACCUCACAGCGUCACAAGCGGCGCAAAAGCGGCAUGCAUGGCCGCUUGCAGCCAGGGAUGAGCCACCAACACACCACAAGCUGGAUGAUGAAGCCAUGAAGACGUUUGUCUAUCCGACCAAUCUUGGCACAAUCCGUGACUACCAGUACAACAUCGUUUCUCGCAGUCUUUUCCACAACACUCUUGUCGCUCUUCCUACUGGUCUGGGAAAGACCUUCAUUGCAGCUACCAUUAUGUUGAACUACUAUCGCUGGACGAAAAGCGCGCAGAUUGUGUUCAUGGCACCAACUAAGCCUCUUAUUGCCCAGCAGAUGGAGGCUUGCUUUGGUAUCGUGGGCAUUCCAAAGCGCGAUACAGUUCUCAUGACGGGAGAAACUACCCCAGCCGUUCGAGCUGACGAGUGGCUGGAGAAGCGGGUCUUCUUCAUGACACCACAGACAGUCAUCAACGAUUUGAAGACUGGAAUCUGUGACCCAAAGAAGCUGGUCUUACUUGUUGUUGACGAAGCACACAAGGCUACAGGCGGCUAUGCUUACACCGAGGUGAUAGCAUUCAUGCGCCGUUUCAACAGCAGCUUCCGUGUGCUUGCGCUCACAGCCACUCCCGGCUCUACUGUUGAGGCUGUCCAGGCUGUUAUUGACAGCCUUGGAAUCGCCCGCGUGGAGCUGCGAACGGAGCAAUCCCUUGACAUCCGCGAGUAUACGCAUGAGAAGCACACAGAGACACAAAUUUUCGACUACAGUGAUGAGCAAGAACGUAUCAUGACUUUGUUUGCGAACGCUCUGCGACCAGCUCUGGAAAAGCUUUGCAGUCAGAAUGCCUACUGGUCGAGAAAUCCUAUGAAGUUGACAGCAUACGGUUUGACCACCUCUCGACAGAAGUGGAUGCAGUCAGACGCUGGUCGCAAAGCGCCAGUGCAGAUCAAGGGCAUGAUGAACGCCAUCUUUACUGUUCUGUCUAGUCUUGCGCAUAGCAUUGGCCUGCUCAAGUUCCAUGGCAUAAACCCGUUCUAUUCAGGAGUGCUGGCUUUCCAGCGGGAGGUUGACAGCGGACAAAGCAAGGGCAAGACGGCAGCUGGCAUUGCUCAAUCCGAGCACUUCACAAAGAUGAUGUCAAACAUUCGUGCCUGGACUAACAACCCGGAGUUUGUUGGUCAUCCAAAGCUGGAGUAUCUCAAGGAUGUGGUCUUGAACCACUUCUUGGACGCUGGCGAGGGAGCACAAGGCAGCGAUGUGCCUCCAAGUGCGACGCGAGUGAUGGUGUUCGCAAGCUAUCGUGAUAGCACGGAAGACAUCUGUCGGAUCCUGAAGAGACACGAACCAAUGAUCCGACCACACAUCUUCGUGGGACAAGCUGCUUCGAAAGGGCAAGAGGGUAUGGACCAGAAGAAGCAGAACGCAGUGAUUCAAGACUUCAAGACUGGUAAAUACAACACGCUCAUCGCAACCUCGAUUGGCGAAGAAGGUCUCGAUAUCGGAACAGUCGAUCUUAUCGUCUGUUACGAUGCAUCGUCAUCACCUAUCCGAAUGUUGCAGCGCAUUGGCCGUACUGGGCGUAAAAGAGUCGGGCGAGUGUGCCUGUUGCUCAUGAAAGACAAGGAAGAAGCAGACUAUGCCAAGGCCCAGGACAACUAUCUGUACAUUCAGAAGACGAUUGCAGAUGCUUCGAAGUACUCCUAUCGCGACGAUCAGAGCCCACGCAUCCUGCCCAAGGAAGCCAAGCCGAUCGCAGACAAGCGUCCAGUGGACAUUCCCAUUGAAAACAGCCAGCCAGUCGAUUUGAACGAGAAAGGAAGAAGAGGCAAAGGAAAAGGCAAGACGAAGAGGCCACCGAAGAAAUUUCACAUGCCUGACAACGUGCGCACUGGAUUCGUCAAGGCUUCCAGGAUCGAUUCUGACACCGAUGGAGAGAAGCCAGCUCCGAAGAAGAAAGCGACAGUGAAGAAGCAGGCGCAGACCAAGUUUCGACGGCCGUCUCCAUCACCCGAGCCGGAACCAGUUGCGCUGCCAUAUCUGGCAGAUGUCGUGCUGACCGAUGAUCAAUACCAAGACCUCGUCAAUAAAUACGCUCAGACAGCCGAAGCCGACGGCGGCAUCAUCCAAGGGCCAAAUCACUCUCGCUUUCCCACGAAACUGAGGCAGCUAGGUUCGACGAAACACAUUGGCCAUGGACGCAGCUCUCGGCUUGUCGAGAAGACGAUGCGUGCUAUAAAUGAGGUGGACGUCAUGGAUUUACACCGCAUGGAUGAUCUUCUUCACAUGAGUGAUCUUGAAAGUGCUGGAUCGGCGGGAUUCAGGCUGACCAGCCCCAAGUUCGAGUCCGUGAAGUCACGCAGUGCUCCCAAAACGCAAGCGUUCACUUCCGCAAAGGCGGCACUGACGACGGCAAAUACUGCUCCUCAGGCCGAUGAUGUUCCCGAUUCCGAAGCAGAUCUACCCGCUCGUCCUGUGCCACGGCCCAAGGUCACAAUGAAAGGGGAGACGGGCGCAAAGAACAACUCGAAUUCGGAGCCAGAACUGAUCGAGUCUGACGCUGAGUUGCCUACCGCUCCGCCGUCACUAUUCAAGCCAGUCCCUCAACGUCGUGCGGCGCCCAAGCCUCGUGGCAGACCGAGAAAGAAGCAGCCCCUUCAGCGCACGACAUCGUACGGGUCUUCCGCAAAGGAAGGGGAUGAAUCGAGCCCAGAGCCAACGCCAGCUGAUAUGCGCAUCGGCACGCAGGGCAUCGAUCUAGGAUCUCGCGACACCAGCGGCGAAGACGAGGACGAAGAACCUGACAGCGAACUAGAGGAGUUCAUUGCCAAGUCGAGUGACCCCAUCGAGAUGAUAAGCUCGUCUCAGCCUGGAACACCCGCUGCGAAGAAGAGUCGUGGGCUCAAGAAGAGAAAACGAGAGGCCGAGCUUAGUGAUGUCGAGGAGCUUGAGGAGCUUGGAGACAGCGACGAUACAGAUACAUUGCUGCAGGACGAGCCAGCUGCAACACCAGGCAGGAAGAGGAGGGUUGUCGAGGACAGCGAUAGCGAUCAAUGA